CUUUUUGAUGCCAGUGCAGAAUGUCACUGUGUGUACAGCAUGGUAGAUCCAGUUAAUUUAGAACAGUUGGUCACUGAACAGUUACCAUUAUUUGAACGUCAAUGGAAAUCAAUGGUGGCCAAUGUAGAUGUUAAACAAGCCUCAGGGUUGUCCACAUUGUCUGAAUCUUCCAUUUGUGAGCCAUUGAAAAGUUACUAUAACCAUGGACUUAUGUCUCGGAUGGAAGAAGAAUUGAAUAUUAAGAGACCAUUUGUAUUGUUUGGGACUAAGAGUGAGAGGAGUAGACUAACUCGUGCUAGGAGUAGGGGAAUUACUGACAGUGAUGAUCCAAUUGUUGGUACUGCUGGCAUCAAUGGUAAACACCCAACCCAUAUGGUUUGCCAGUCAGUUUCUCCUAGAGGCCCAAUAUGCUGUGCAAGAACAUAUUUCUUCAGCAGUGGACACAUUCCAUAUCCAGUUGCUGGAGGUGCAGGAGAUCUGUCAAGGGAUAAAACAGACCUCAGUAUUAUGAACAAACUAUAUGUAGAAGGUAUCCAUGCUGUAUUGACGGCUAUUCAAGUUUAUUGUAAAACACACAGUAUACAAAAGGCUGAGACUGUUAUGUUUGAUACUUUGAAAAGAGAAUGUGAAAGAAAUAAACUGCCUCUUGGUAGCUUGUUUGCAUCAUCAAGAGAUUAUAUUGAGUUUAGAAUAGGUGCAGUUGAUAUGGAAGGACAAGAAGUAUCAUUAACAGAAGGACAACGAUCUCCAUUUCUUAAAAUAGCUCAGCUAUCACUCUUUAACAUUCCCAGUAUUGAGCAUAAGAAUGAAACAAUGGGAUCUGUUUUGUUCACGGAAACAUUCAUGGAUUCCAAUUUACAAGUGUUAAAUCAAGAUGGUACUUCUUCUGUUGACCAUCAGUGCCUUGUGCUGACUGAACACCUUCCAAGAUAUAUUUCCUGGGCUGCUACUGAAAAUGAUAUUAAGAUGUCGAAGGAAGUUGGAUCAUUCAUCAAAAUGUCUGGUGAAACUCACUAUGGUAGAGUGCUUAUUAAUGGUGAAUCUGCUCAUGUUUUUACAAGUAAUCAACUAGCAAUACCUGAAGAAGGUAAAUUUUAUGUAUACGAGAAAGGAAUUGUGUUCCAGCAUAAUAGAUUUGGACCGAUUGUGCUACCGAAAACACACAUGGAAAAAUUAAACUUCUAUGAUGGGGAUUCACCUAGUGUAGUUGCAUUGAUAAUUGUUACCUACAAGGCCUCGUUCUGGCAGUGGCUUCCUUUACAGAACCAAAGCAAAGACAAUAUACUGGUAUUUGCAUUAACUCCUCGUACCAAGGCAUACAAAGCUUUCUUUUCUGAGGUGCUCAGUGUGUGGCAGAAAACAGAAGAUGAACCAGCUAUGGUAAUGGCUGAGAAAUUACCUGAAAAAUAUAUUCAUGUACAUAAUGAACUACAAAAUGCCUAUAAUAUGGAACAUGGAAGUCCGUCCCGACAUAUCACACCCAUGGUAAAAGCAGAAGCAAUAAUUCCAAAAUUGAAAGAGUUUGUUAGUCACCACUCAGUGACAAGUGUUGGUAAUAGCUGUGUACCUCAUGAUGAUCUAUCAGCAGUUUUAAAUCAACCAUAUGAUCCAGGAAAUUUUCAAGAUGAGAUAAUUAUAACAAUAUUAUCUGGUAUACCAGGCAGUCAUAAAGAAAACUUAUGUACCACAUUGACCAACCUUGCUAAAGAACAAAAUAGAUGGAUCACACUAAAACCGGCAUUGGAUUUUGUAGAUGGAUUCAAUACUCAAAGUUUGCAAAACUCACUGACUUCAAUCGUAACAGCCAGCAGAAAACGUAGUGGCAGAGCUAGUGCAUCAUCCAGGAAAAAACAAAGAGUACUUAUCAUGACACCAAGCUUUACUGAUGUAUUUGAUGUUGUGCAAGCUAUAGCAUGCCACCCAGAUCCAGAGAUUGGUAGAUCAUUAAAGAUUGGUGCAGUGUCAACUUGUGUAGACCCACUGAACAGUUUUAUGACUCAUAGGUAUACAUUUCCCAAAUUGUUAGACCAAUGUGCUGAAGGUUGGGUUAACAACAUUAUCUGUACAAGCUCUACAGCAAUAAAGAAUCCAGACUUGGAUGUACUGCAGCAAUUAUUGAGGUCUGUAAAUCAUGAUGUUGCUUUGUUAUUGGCUAAUAAUGGUGAAGUAACAAGGUCUCCUGAUGUGGACUUAAUUUUAUCUGAAUCUGCAUUCACUGAGAGUAAAAUGAUAAGACAGCGAUAUCUUUCAUGCCCAGGCUGGUCACUUGGGAAAUUCAGUUCAGGGACAAUGACUCCUCCAAUGACUGAAAUAUGUCUAAAGUUUGCUCCACCCCUGGAGAAGAACAGACUGAUGAACAAGCUGCGAACACUACGAGGGGCAUUAUCAAAAUAUCCAUUCCAAGGAAACAUCUAUACUGUGCGAGGGAGGGUUAGGUUCAGUGACUCUGGACUGAAAGCAACAGAAUUUAAUUGUGUUACACUGAGUGGUUAUCUAUUGAUGACACCAGCUGAAGUACAUCCAGUUCCUCCACCAUCCUCAGCUGCCAAUGGUCCAGUAUCUCCACAGGAUCAGUCUAAUCUCAACUUUGUUGUCUUUGUUGGAGUUGAGCUCCAGGAAAAUAAACUGAAGGAGUGGCUCAGGGCUUGUGUAAAACCAAAACCACAGAAAAAACAGUUACGAACAAGACAAAUAAAAUUAUUGAUGUAA